AUGCUUAAGGUGCUCGUCUUGCGCGCCAGCGUCAGUACUGUGGAUACAGUUUUGACUAAGCUUGAACAACUUAAUACGAAGUCCGGCCCGUUUGACUGUGCGUUCCUUUUGGGUCACGUAUUUGAUACAGCCGAGGAAGCCAAAUCAAAAUCUGCAGGCGUUCCAGUCUUCUGCACUAAUGGGAGGCAACUACUGGUGCCUGACCAAGGCUCAAACAAGCUGGGGUCGAACAUUACUCUUUUAAACGGCUAUGGCAUCUUUAUCACGUCUCAUGGGCUCCGAAUUGCUUAUAUUAGUGGAAGCGAUGGUUAUCUUGAGAAAAACCGAGAAUCCAUAAUGAAAACUUUCGCUGGCCUCGAUAACAAAAACGUGGACAUUCUCCUCACUGACGAUUGGAGCAAACCUUUCGAUAGAAGCCGUGGUGGACAUGGCAAGAACAGAUCUCUCGUUGAUGAUAUAAUGAAAUCUGUCCGACCCAAAUAUCAUUUUGCCACUAAUGUUGUUGAUUUAUUUCAUGAAACUCUUCCUUUUGAAUGGUCAGGAUCUGAUAUCUUAACUAGAUGUCUCAAUGUGGCAGAAUACAACUCCGGUGCUAAAUGGGCGUACGCCUUCAGCAUUUCUCUUGACGGCGAUGGGCCAAAGUCUUCAAAGCCAUCUCUGAUGGGAAAUCCUUACGAGCUUCCGGAAACAAAUAAGCGCCCUCUAGAGCAGAAUCAAGCAGCCGAAGCGCCGGCGAAAAAACCUAAGCAAAUACUUCCCGAAGAAUGCAGAUUUUGCUUCAGUAACCCCAAGAUAGAAGAACACCUUAUUAUUUCAAUUGGGGAGCAUGCGUAUUUAACAACGGCCAAGGGGCCGCUAACAGUACCAACUAACAAUAUGGAGUUCUCGGGACAUUGCCUUGUGAUACCCAUAAAGCAUAUACCAAAGAUUAACCCUGAUGAUGGCAUCGAUUAUGAUAUUUCCACAAGCCCAAUUUAUUUGGAAAGUUUGAAGUAUGAAAGAGCCAUUGCAAAGAUGAAUUUUGAAAGAUUUGAAACAUGUACCAUAUCGUUCGAGAUUAAUUCAGAAAAUUCAAUUCACUACCACAAACAGGUUUUUCCGGUUCCUAAAUACUUGAUUGGCAAAUUCUCCGCUGCCCUCGAGAGACAGGUCCAUUUCAAUAACACAAAAUACACUAACAAUGCGAAGCUUGAAUUUGAUCAGUACAGUGGGCCACAUAACGAAGACUUUAAAGCUCUUCUCAACGAUCGCGAGCAGAACUAUAUACAGUUUACUGUUCACGAAAACGAAGGUGCCGAACCAAAGGUCUAUGCUGCACGAUUCGGUGCCGAUGAACGGAUCGACCUCCAAUUUGGUCGCAGAGUACUUGCGUUUGUACUAAGGCUUCCGAAAAGGGCCAAAUGGGAUUCGAAGAUCUGUCACCAAACGCAAGAAGAAGAGAAACUAGAUGUCAAGCUCUUCCAGAAAAAUUUCAAAGAUUACGAGCUUAACAGUUAA